UGCUGACGGAGGGGGCGGGGUGCAGCAGGAGGGGGCCGAGAUGUUUGGAGGCUUUUUUUUUAAUAUACAAUUAUUUAUUUAAAUAAAAAUGGCCGCCGUGGAGAGCGGAGAAGAGAGACUGGAAGAGGGGCAAGAAAGUGACGAGGGCCCUGUUAAUCCCCAGCCCCCAACAAGAGGUAAAGCCAGGUCCCACGGUACGACCAAGAAGACUCGCAGAGAGCGUCGCCAUGCCGACCAGGGGACAGCGAAGACAGCCUCAGCCCCACCUUCAACAGCCAGGCAGCAGCCACCAUCAGAGAUGGAGUCGCAAAGCGAGGUUUCAGAGCCAGUUGCAGGCCCAUCAGAGCUGGGCUCAGAGUCUGCAGGAUCUCCCAGGCAGCGGCGCUCUAUCAUCCGGGACCGUGGACCGCUGUAUGAUGACCCCACGCUGCCUGAAGGCUGGACCCGCAAACUAAAACAGAGGAAGUCUGGGCGCUCUGCGGGAAAGUUUGAUGUCUACCUGAUCAAUGCGGAGGGAAAGGCGUUUCGCUCCAAGGUGGAGCUUAUGGCCUACUUCCAAAAGGUUGGCGACACGACCACUGACCCCAACGAUUUUGACUUCACUGUCACUGGGCGUGGAAGCCCUUCCCGACGUGAGAAGCGACCCCCCAAGACACCUAAGGUGGUAAAGCCAUCUGGGCGUGGCCGUGGGCGGCCUAAAGGCAGUGGGAAAAUGCGGCAGGCUACUGAAGGUGUGGCCAUGAAACGUGUGGUGGAGAAGAGUCCAGGCAAACUGCUGGUCAAAAUGCCCUUCAGCAAGGAAGAGCCCUCUACUUUAACCAGCUCCAAGGUGGUGUCUCCUUCCAUGGUGUCCAAGGCCCGUCCUGGUAGAAAGAGGAAAUCGGAACAGCAACUUCCACCUCCACCUCAGACUGCCCCCAAAAAGCGAGGCAGGAAACCAGCGUCAGCCUCAGCAGGAACAUCUGCUGCCAUGGCAUCGACCUCCUCUGCAUCAAUAUCUGGUAGCACAACAGCUGGAACCUACGCAGCAGCUGCCAUCUUGGCUGCUGAGGCCAAAAGAAGAGCUGCCAAAGAGUCUUCCACCAAACCUGUCGUCCAAGAAACAGCCCUGCCAAUCAAAAAACGCAAAACAAGAGAAACAGUGGAGGAGAUGGAGAGUGUUCAGACUCCAAUGGUUACACCGGCUGUAACGGAAAGUAAGUCUACUGCAGAGAAGGAGGGAGGUACAGCAGAGGACGUUCUGAGCUCGGAUCCUAUGCCUACUCCCUCUGAACAGAGCCAGUCACAAUCAGAACCCCCUGCCGCAGAUGUCAGCCAAUCACAUGCACACAAGAUACACAAGGGUCGAAAGCACAAAGAAAAAACAGGAGAUGAAGGAAGCAGAGGAGAGGAAAUAGGUGAAGGUGAAGGUAGGGAGGGGAGGAGUAGCAGCAGCAGUAGUAGCAUUAGCCCCACAAAGAGCCACAAAAGAAAGGAGCGACCACCUCACAAACACCACCAUCACCACCAUCACCAUCACCAUCAUCAUCAUCGCCACCAACAGUCCUCUGCCUCAACGUUAGAUCGACCGCCAUCUCCACUUUCUCCUCCCAUCUCUGGACACCCAGUACCCCCCAGCCAGUCCAGGGCCCAAGUGGAACCGCAGAAGGUGCCUGAGCUCACGCCCCAACUGUUGCACCAAGCUCCCUCUGGUCCCGAUCCCAAGUCUGUCCCUGAGUCCCUGACAGAACCUACGCACCCUGUCCCUCAACCUCCCCACCAGCCUCAGCUCAGCCCUCAAAUUCAGUUCUCUAGUCAGUCCCAAGCCCAGGUGAAAACGUUGUCCCAGUCCUCUCCAACAAAGCAGAUCCCACCCCAGCCACAUCCCCAACAACCCCCACCCCAAACUCACAGCCAGUUACAUGCCACAAACCAAAAAAACCAAUCGCAGUCUGCUCACUCCCCAUCCCAGCACCAAACCCAGUCACUUCAGUCCCCACCUGUUCUGCAAGUUCAUCCACUCCAAACAAGGCUACCACAAUCACAAACCCAGUCCCCUUCAACAGUCCAUCUUCAAACCCAGCCUAGGCACUCAUCCCAACCUCAAACCCAGAUCAAACAGCCCCAGCACCGGCCAUCAGUUCAGUCUCUAUACCAAGCCCAGAGCAGGAACCCAGGCCAAUCUCAGUCUCAAACCCAGGUCACAACACCACCACAGAGUCAGAGUCAACCCCAGGCCAAGACCCCAACACAACUUCAGAGUCGAGCCCAGGCUAGGACCCCACCACAACUUCAGAGUCAACCCCAGGCCAGGACCCCUCCACAGAGUCAGAGUCAACCCCAGGUCAAGACCCCAACACAACUUCAGAGUCAACCCCAGGCCAGGACCCCACCACAACUUCAGAGUCAACCCCAGGCCAGGACCCCACCACAGAGUCAGAGUCAACCCCAGGCCAGGACCCCACCACAUCUUCAGAGUCAACCCCAGGCCAGGACCCCACCACAGAGUCAGAGUCAACCCCAGGCCAGGACCCCACCACAGAGUCAGAGUCAACCCCAGGCCAGGACCCCAACACAACUUCAGAGUCAACCCCAGGCCAGGACCCCACAACAAAGUCAGAGUCAACCCCAGGCCAGGACCCCUCCACAGAGUCAGAGUCAACCCCAGGCAAGGACCCCUCCACAGAGUCAGAGUCAACCCCAGGCAAGGACCCCUCCACAGAGUCAGAGUCAACCCCAGGCAAGGACCUCACAACAAAGUCAGAGUCAACCCCAGUCUAGGAACACAACACAACCCCAAUCCCAGUCCCAGGCAAGAACCCAAAUGCAACUUCUCUCUCCACCACAGGCCAGGAUCCCAGCGCACCUUCAGAGUCGACCUGAGGGCAGAACCCAAGUGCAUCUUCAAUCCCAGGUCAGGACCUCUACCCAACCUCAACCUCUACAUCAGGCCCCCCGAGCACACACAUCCCCUCGUCAACUCCAGACUCAGUACAGAUCACAGCCCAGACAGCCUCUAUCCCAGUCUAGGCCACCUGUUCUCCAAUCCCAAGCACAACCGCAUCUUCCAAGGAUUCAAACACACCUCCGUCCUGAGUCUCAAUCUCAGUUUAUGAGACCACAUGAGCAGCAUCUCUCAUCUCAUCAACCACUGUCCAGCCUAACCCGGAGUAACAUUGUCCCUUCUCAACAGAACCAGAGUGAACAGCCCCAGGACCUGAGUACCACGAGGCCUAGUCGAGGAAGUCAUCUCUCAAGAAGAGAGGUCAGCGAGGAGAGUGUCAGGGCUGAGGGCAGGGUGGAGCUGGCCAUGGCAUCAGAAAGCAGAGAGAUAUUAGGAAGUGACAGAGGGUCAAACAGCACUGCAAGACCUCCUAGCUCUGUGCCUCCUGGACCUCCUGGAGUAGCAGGGGCAGGUCUUGUUUCUGGGGCAGACAGUAGGGCCCGUCUACGGGUGGAGCCUGAGGCAGCAGGUGAAGGCAGGGAGCUUAGAGACAUCGUCCCCCCAUCAGCUGUCCCCUGUCCCAGUCGCGAAGAGACUGUAGAGUCGAGGACUGCUGUCAGUGAAAGAGUCAGCUGAUUGGUUGAUGGGCCGGUAGCCUGAUGGACUGAGUCUGCAGCAGGUGAAGGGGGACUGAGGCCAGGCUGUCAUUGAGAUGAAUGAUCUGACACUGUUUUCAGACAGAAGAAGUGCUGGAUGGACCACCGCAGCUUCUGUCUUGAAACUGUGCAUUUCUGGAUUUGAGGAGAAGCCUGGCACUGAAGGACUUCUGGACAGAACAGAUGGUGUCUUUUUCUAACUAAAGCAAAUGAAAGGAAAAACAAACAAAAAUUGUAUGUGUAUAUAUAAUCAAAAGGCAGCUGUUGUGUCCCGCUAGUCUCCGUGGGGAGGGGGGUAGUUUGGAACUAAAAUCAACGCUUAACAACACAUUACUCUGAUGAAUCGUUGCUUCCGGAAUAUAACCUGUUUUUUUUAUUUAGUAGUUAUUGUUUUGUCUUUGUGAUAUAGCUUUAAACUCUGAUAUUACUGAUGGUCCCAGACCUAAAACACCUCCAGUUGACCAACCUUCCCUUAUUUAAUCUGGUCCCCAACUGAAAGCCUCAGAGCUGAUGUGUUGGGCGGCGGUUUGCACCUUAAACUGGUUUCCUAGAAAUCUCAUAGUUUUGUUUUCCUCCCCAUUUUUUCAUAAAGCCCUCAAUAAGCAGAGAGGACCUUGCAAAUGUUCUUACUGCAUUUUUGGAUUGCCUUGUGCACAAAGUGAAUCCUGAAUCCGCGCAGCCCUGGUUCUGAAGAUAGCCGGAAAUGUUUGGAUGUAGAGUUCUGAUCUCCUUAAACUGACGAGUCAGAUUGAGAAGAAAAGUUGCUUAAUGGUGUUUCAUGUGUUUCCAACAUAACGGUUGUUCUUCCAGGAUUUUUCCAAACUGUUAUUCAUGAUUCCGUUUGUUUCUGUAAUGUUUUGUUUCCAAAGGAAGCACUUUUAAUAUGAAACCAAACCCACUUCCACAGUAGCUUUAUUUCAGUUCUUAGUUCUGAAAGAAUGGGUGGGAGAGGACUCUUUUUAUUGUGUCCAUGUUGAAUGUCUGGAACAGUUUGUACAAUCUACCGCCUGCAUGUCGCUCAGAGACCCUGCAGGCCUUCAUCCGGAGCAAACAGUUGCAGAGGCCGACCCGGCCAGGUUAUACCGUCACCUGUAGAAGUCCAACAGGACUGAGGUCAGGUUCAGCGUCAUAUACUAUAUAAGGUGUGCAGACCAUGGACAGAAUUAUCUUAACUGUGAGUCUGAGUCCAGAUCUGGGAGUCACUGAGCACUGCAUCCCAUCCUCAGAUGUUCCACUAGCACUGAGCCGAAAAUGAAGGUUCUGUGGGUACUCAGCAUCAGAGGCAGCACGCCACAACAACGGUACAACUGCAGCUAUUUGAGGACAAUGGAGUUUUCAAAUCCUUCAUUUAUUAAUCAGCUGCAGUGUUUCAGGUGUUGUAUUCACAUCACUUUAAACGCACUAAAGUUCCUACUUCUGAACAUACCAGUGUUCCUGUAAAGGGUUUCAUCCUGAACUUUACGUGUCUGAUAGAUCUUCCACCCGUUUGCUGCGCCCAGCUUGGUUCUGCUCAGGUCCAGAGUACAGUGGGUUGAUGCUUUCCAGCCCAAAAGACAUGCCAAGCAACAUCAAAAUGUGAGCAAAAAUCAUGUUUUUAUAAGGUUUUUGGGGGCUGACAAUAUGUGGGGACAGGUGCAUGGGGCGGGGCUGAUCUCUGGUUGGAGUUUAGAGCACCAAUAAGCCGACAGAAUAUAAAAAAUCAGGGAGUUUCCGGUAUGAGCGCUCUUUCAAAACUUUUAUUUACUGCUGAAUCUGUCAUGCACCUCUUAAAAUCACAGCUAGUUGUCCUGAAAACCGGCUGUAUGACGGUUUAAGAUAAUUUUGAACUUCAAUGAUCAGGUAAAGCAGAAUAAGUGUCCUUCAAUCCCCAGUUAACGAGCAGUGAUCAAUAUAUCUGAGGAAGAUCAGAACCUGGCAGACAAACAUGAAAAGGAAGCAGAGACCUGUAUAAACCAACCUGGACAUGUGUGAACCUGUAAUUGUUCCUCAAACAGAGUUCCACAUGCCGCAGUCAGGAAACAGGUGUGUGAGGUACUGAAUCCCAGCCAGUGCCGCUCAUUCACUCCCACAACCUGCCAUCAGCACUCCGUGACUCUCCGACCUGGACUCCCAGACUCUCUGCAAACAUCUGCACGAAUGUCCUCAUCCGAGGCCGCACGGCCGUGACCUCACACAGGUGACCUGGCCUAUGUGAACGUGGCGCUGCCCGUCAGCUUCAGCUACAGAACCCUGCGAGCAGGACCCGCCCAUGGGACUGGACCCGCCCGUGGGACUGGACCCAGCUCAGUCUUCAGUAACCAGCCUCCAUAUUGCAUGUUCCAGAGUUUAGUGCCUAUAAUAUUGUGCGUCUUGCCAGAAGCCACCAUGUCAGCCAAGCCAUGUUGUGUUUCUAGACUUAGUAGUGACGUGUGGUGACCUCAUAGUUGCUGAUGUUGAGGAUGAAUAUUCUGCUUUGACUCUGGUUGGAACUCCAGAAUACACUGUCGCUGUAGACAAAACUAGUUUUUACCUGUUUUCUUAUUUUUCUUUCUAACUAAAAGCGUUUGUUGUCCCCUGA